UUUGGUGACGCAACCCUCGGCGAAGGAGAGGAAGAGAGGACGAGAGGACGAGAGGACGGCAGAUACCGCACCUUCAACCAAGGUAAAGCAUGGCAAUGACUGGCCCGAGCUCGUGCUCCUCCAUGAGUAACCACACCAAGGAGCGGGUCACUAUGGCCAAAGUGACCCUGGAGAACUUCUACAGUAACCUCAUCGCCCAACACGAAGAGCGAGAGAUGAGGCAGCAGAAACUGGAGAAAGUGAUGGAUCAGGAGGGCUUGGCAGAUGAAGAGAAACGUAUCCGGCGGUCUCAGCAUGCAAGGAAAGAGACCGAGUUUUUGCGUCUGAAACGGACUCGACUGGGUCUGGAGGACUUCGAGUCCCUGAAGGUGAUUGGCCGAGGAGCUUUUGGAGAGGUUCGUCUGGUGCAGAAGAAAGACACCGGUCACGUCUACGCCAUGAAGAUCCUCCGCAAAGCUGACAUGCUGGAGAAGGAACAGGUUGGUCAUAUCCGGGCAGAGCGAGACAUUCUGGUAGAGGCCGACAGCCUGUGGGUGGUCAAAAUGUUCUACAGCUUCCAGGAUAAGAUGAACCUCUAUCUCAUCAUGGAGUUCCUGCCUGGAGGAGACAUGAUGACCCUGCUGAUGAAGAAGGACACUCUGACGGAGGAGGCCACUCAGUUCUACAUCGCUGAGACGGUGCUGGCCAUCGACUCCAUCCACCAGCUGGGCUUCAUUCACAGAGACAUCAAACCAGACAACCUGCUGCUGGACUCCAGGGGUCACGUGAAGCUGUCUGACUUUGGUCUGUGCACGGGGCUGAAGAGGGCUCACCGCACCGAGUUCUACAAGAACCUGAACCACAGCCUGCCCAGUGACCUCAGUAAGCAAACCUUCCAGAACAUGAACUCCAAGAGGAAAGCAGAGACCUGGAAGAGGAACAGGAGGCAGCUGGCUUUCUCCACAGUGGGAACCCCCGACUACAUCGCUCCAGAGGUCUUCAUGCAAAACGGAUACAACAAGCUCUGCGAUUGGUGGAGCCUGGGUGUCAUUAUGUAUGAGAUGCUUAUAGGUUACCCUCCUUUCUGCUCCGAGACUCCUCAGGAGACGUACAGGAAAGUGAUGAACUGGCGAGAGACGCUGACCUUUCCCCCAGAAGUGCCGAUAUCGGAGAAGGCCAAAGACCUGAUCCUCAGGUUCUGCUGUGAGGAGGAGCACAGGGUCGGCGCCGCAGGGGUGGAGGAGAUCAAAUCCAAUCUUUUCUUUGAGGGGGUGGACUACGACCAUAUCAGAGAGAGACCCGCUGCCAUUCCCAUCGAGAUCAAAAGCAUCGACGACACCUCAAACUUCGACGAGUUCCCUGAUUCCGACAUCCUCACACCAACAGACCUCUCCUCUUUCUCUCCUCUGCCUCCAGUCGCCCCGGUGUCCAACCAGACCGAGGCCGACCUGAAGAACAAAGACUGGGUCUUCAUCAACUACACGUACAAGCGCUUCGAGGGCCUGACCGCUCGAGGAGCCAUACCGUCCUACAUGAAGUCGGGGAAGAGAUGAGCGCCUCCACGCCGGCUUUUAACCAAAACCGCCGCGAAAACCCGAAAAGGGUCGUCCAAUCCCCCCCCACCCCCACCCCCCUCGAGCCCCGAGAGGAGAACUCUGAGGAUCCUCGGCGACACAGGACUCCGAAUAAUAAAAGGGGGCUCAGCCUCACCCGUUGCUUCUUCUAGGAACCGCUGCCUUCAUUUCCGCAGGUCUUCACUUCUCUCCGAUGCUCCGAAGGGUACCGCUCUACUUCCUGCUCACACACGGAGACUGAACUGGGAUUAAAGUGAUUGGGAUUCUCUCUCUGCUCGCCUUUUUCUAUCCACCAGUGGAUGCAGUGGCACGUCUCUCACUCCCGACACCAUAACAUUCCUUUUCUUCCCGUAAACCAGCGCAGCUCUGUCGGACUGAGCGCGCCUCCUUUCCAGGCCGGAGACCACCACCCCACCCGCCCCCUUUUCAACGUGGACUCACCGACUUGAAGUGAAUCAGGGAUUCUGUCCAAAUGUUUGCGCUCCUGGCUUCUACCGUAACCAAAGACUGUGAGCGGAAUGAUCGCUCCGUCACUUCUCGUAACUUAGAAUUGUAUUUUUGUUUUUGUUUUUUUGUUAGUGUCAUAAUCGCAAGAGAACAUAUGAGUGAUGCAAACACAAGAGUCUCGUUACAUUUUUCACAAAGACCCACUUAAGUGUUGCACCUUAUGGGAUGUUUGAUCCAGAACAGCAAAGUCGAUGGUUCCUUCGUUAGUGUGGUUUUUAAUUGGACUGGACGGGGAAGUGAAGGCACCAUUUUACUGUUUUAAUGAACAUGAUGCAAACUCAGAUUAGUUUUUUUCUUUUUUUAGUCUCGCCAUGGUGGAGAAGUCUGGAUCACCAUGAAAACUAAUGCAAUUCUUGUUGUCUUAGCAGCUGUUCAGAUCCGUUAGAGCCAGUCCAGCUAUUGAGCAGAACCCAGUGCUGAGUGGAUCCCUAACUGGUGCUGAAGUUGUCAGUGUGGACUCACUUUUUAAAUAAAGACUCACAGGGCUAAACAUCUUCCAGUGAACACAAUAUCCAACAUGCUGUCAUUUAAAAAUGAAUGUAAAUGAAGUCUUACAGAGAAAAGUAUGUUGUUUUUGCCACAAUAAUUCCAAAAUGCUGUUUGUGUGAAUGUAGCCUGGAUCGUAGAGCUUUUCUUUUUUUCUGUUUUAAUCUGUGUCGCAUAUGACACAUGACGGUAUGGAAGUCCCUUCUCCCCAGAAACAAAGAGGAAGAAAUGAGCAAAAGAUGAAAAGAGAUGACUUUAAACCACAAUUUAGUCGAGAUAUAAUUAACUUUCAUAAUAUUUACAUCAUUUUAGGUGUACGUCUUACUUUGUCAUACCUUUUUAUAAGUCUGAAUUUAUUGAGUUGUAAUUGGGACUUUCUAUUUGUAUGCAAGUAAAUCCAAAAAUAUUGAAUUUUCAUCAUAAUUAACUCAGAAUUUUGAUUUGAGUAGCUUUUACUUAAAUGUCAAAAUGUAUGUGUUCUGUCACGUAGAGCUCAUUUUAUUUAAUGUAACAUAAAUCUGGAGUUGGCUGACAUCAACGCUUUCUCUUCAAAAGUAUGAGGAGAAACAUUUUGAGAUUCACAAUCCUAUAUACUAUCACACAAUUUGGACUUUAAAAGGAACCAGUAUUUUAUUAGUAAAAAAUUAAUCAGACUUCCUGAUUGUUUCCGUGCAGGGAUGGGCUUCCAUAAGCUGAAGGGCUUCAGUUGCCUGGGGAACGAGCUCCGCCCACAGUGGAGCGCUCUUCUGUGGCUCACGAUUGUAUCUGUUGGAAUGCUGAGGCUCUGCAUGUGUUGUGUGUUUGUGUGUUUUCUUUUUACCAAACUGCAGAUGGGUCAGCCUAAAGCAAUAGAGCACAUGGAGUGACUUAUUUUAUUGAUGCCACUCGGUGUGUGUGUGUGUGUGUGUGAGAGUGUGUGUGCGAGGAUGUGAUCACGCUGUUUAAAGGAAGAAAAAGACGUCAUGUUGUUUGCUUGGAGUAUGUGGUUUUCUACGGGUGAUGCUCUGACGUGCGCUUGCUCUUGUCAUCGCGUGACGCAUGCGAUACGAGUCAGAAGUGAGGGUUUUUAUUAUUAUUUUUGGGAAGGUGGGUGUACAUUAUUUAAACCACUGUUCUCUUUGUAGCGCGUGGCUGUUAUAUUGUUUUCUGCUAUUUGACAAUGAAUUACUCUGCACUUAC